AGGUAGCGCCGGCAGAGCCUGAAAAAGCAGGCAACACCGUGGACAGCCCGCCUUGCAUCCUGAGUGCGCAGUUGAAGGGUCCUACGGAGAGCGAAAGACGCAGCGGGCGGGCGAGCACGGCUGGGAGGCGAGACUGCGCGAUGGCGAGGAGCGCAGAGUAGUACAUAGAAUUUCAACGGAGUGAUCUCUGCAGGAUUCUCCCACUUCUGCUUAACAACCUGGGGUAAAAAAGAGCUUUUCCCCAAUCCCUCUUUACUUUAAAUAUCUGCUGAUAUAUUUCUACACGGUUUUAUGAAGCGGCUGAUCUGAUUUCUGAAGAGUUGAGUGUGCAGAGGAGAAGCUUCACACUGCCACUUUGGAUUGCUGCCAUCACUGUGCCUCCUUGAUCACUUGACAUCAUGUACUGCCUCCAGUGGUUACUGCCUGUUCUCCUCAUCCCAAAACCCCUCAACCCAGCUUUGUGGUUCAGUCACUCAAUGUUCAUGGGCUUCUACCUUCUGAGUUUUCUGUUGGAGCGGAAACCUUGCACAAUAUGUGCCUUGGUCUUCUUGGCGGCUCUGUUUCUCAUCUGCUACAGCUGCUGGGGGAAUUGUUUCUUGUAUCACUGCUCUGGCUCCCAACUGCCUGACUCUGCUCAUGAUCCCAACAUAGUUGGCACCUAAGAUUUUCCACUUCGUUGCAAGCUCUCUUUCUUUUAAAGGGACAGUUUUAUGGGAAGGAGGGAUUAUAAGGCAUGUGAUUGGAGUACAAGCAACCUGUUUGUAUGUCUGGAUUAAAGUGUUUCACUCAUGAUCACUGGCACUUCCAAAUCUGCUUGUAAAAUUUGACAAAACCUGUUUAUAGUGAUAACUGGCAUUGCUAUUUGUUAUGGGGUUUGAAGCAGAGCUGUUUGUGGGUGGUCUCCCCGCCGCUGCCUUCUUUAUUUGAGAUUGGUCCUUCCAUUUCUGACUUAGUGGUGAAGGAACCUGUUGCGAAUUGCCUGGUGCUGGAGUUGCAUUUGUCUGAUCCCUUGCACAGAUCAAAAUGCAGCCCUCCAUCCUCUUUCAUCCUUCCAGAACUUGCAUCCUCUUACAUUGCUGAGAGGUUGAAAAGUCUCUCCAUCUUCCUAAACUUUAUUACUCUGAAUAUCUGAAGGGGAACUUUACUAUUAAAGUUUGAAAGCUGAAGGAGCCAGAGGCUGCUGAUUCAUCUCAGCAAGCCAAACUGGAAUGUGUAUGCUGUCCAAGUGCUUUCCAAAAUUUUUAUCUGCCUAGAUCAUCAUCCAGAGAUCCCAGAGCUUUGACAUCACUUUUGCAGCACAGGGGCUGAGCUUAUUUCAUUCUCUACCCUACCAUGCCAAAUAUCCAUGAUUUCCAAGGUCCUUGGGAAGAAAGCAUGGGCUGCUAUAAUGUUUGGGGGAUACCUUUCAUUGGCUUUGCUUUUGAAUGUAAACUCUCAGUGUUUCUAGCUUGAAAAAGGCAGCAGAGUACAGGAACAGGGUCUUGAAGGAGUUGAGGCUUAUGUGGAAAGGAUGGGCUGCUUCUCAAUACUGGGUUGGAGUGAUGUGUUGCUAUUUUUUUUCUUUUUGAUGCAAAGAGUAUUAUUCUGUCUUCUCAAGCAAAUGAGCCAGUAUUCACAUGCAUGGGAGGCAAGGAGAAACACACGGUUGAAUUGUAAUUCCUCCUGUGAUACUGGGAAGCUGUUUUCUGAAAGUAUCAGGGCCAUACCUUUAUUUCCCACCCCCCAAAACACAGACAAACAUACACUUUACAUUUGCACAUCAGUUUCCAGAGAAUAUCCUUUCUUCCAUAGGAAAUGUUAGCUUGUAAGAAACACAAGCUAGGCUUUGGGGAUAACAGGCAUACACUUUUUAUUGAUUUUUUUUCAAGAUUAUGUUCUUGUUCACCAUGUGCUUGGUUCCAUAACAUGUGUUUGACUGCCCAUGGAGGAGCAUUGCUGAAAAGUCCCAUGGGAAUUGGAAAUGAGAAACCUCCACAGAGAAUUUUUAUUUUUUGUUUGUUCAUUGCACAGCUGUUGAACAGGUUUAAUAAAGCUUUAUAAACUUUG